GUGGUUGGUUCAAACCCACCCUGGCCAAGAAAACUACAAAAGGUUAAUUACUAUUUGUUUUAUAUGAAUGUCUCUUCACUUAAACCAAUCAGAAUAAAAACUUCUUGAGGGAUUUCUGGCAAAUUGGGCUGGAUUUUAUAAGUUCUAUGAACCAAAUUUUGGGCAAUGCAACUUGAAUCAGUUACCAAGACAAGGGAUUGGACAAAGAAAGCCGAUAGGCGAGGAGCCACCGGUAAUUCCAGCAGGUGGCGCCUGCCAUGGGGGCGGAGACACGGGGGCGGGGGCAAGCCUUAGGAUGCAUUUAGGUACCUGGAAGGAGAGAGCUAGGCUGGGCUGACAGCAACUAAAUCUUCUGCGCCAAUUGCAACGUACAGAGUGGAGCAAGUGGCAUCAUCAUAGCUCACUGAAACCUCCAACUGCUGGGCUCAAGCGACCCUCGACUCAGCCUGCCGAGUCGCUGGGACUGCAGACCCCCACCUAGCGCCAGUGAAGCCCCGAACCAUCCCAGCGAUGGGCAGCUCAGGCUUCGGGCCCCAGGACUGGGUACUGCGAAGGCUGCAGCUCCUGCGCUCCGCGCUGGUCGUCCGCACGUCCCAGGCGGGUCAGCGCCCCACCGAGUACCAGGUAGUGGUGGCGGGCUCGGCUGGUGUUGGGAAGAGUUCCCUGAUGCAGCGCUGGGCGCGGGGCACCUUCGGGAGCGCGCACCCAGCGACCGUUGAGAACACCUACUGCAGGCUGCGGGGCUGUGACCACGGCGUCACCACGCUGCGCGUCACUGAUAGUGCCAGCGGCCACCACAACCCGGCGAUGCAGCGCCAGGCCGUCACGGAGGGUCACGCAUUCAUCCUGCUCUACUCGGUCACCAAGAGAGAGACCUUGGAAGAGCUGAAGCCCUUCUACGAGCUGAUCCGCAAGAUUAAAGGCCGUGACUUGUGCAGGGUCCCCAUCCUGCUGGUGGGCAACAAAAGCGACGCGCUGGGCCGAGAGGUGGCCCUGACCGAUGGCGCCACCUGCGCGUCGGAGUGGAAUUGCGCCUUCAUGGAGAUCUCGGCCAAGAUGGAAGUGAACGUUCAGGAACUGUUCCACGUGCUGCUGACCCAGAAGAAAAUGUUCGCUGCCUGCUUCCAGGGUCCCCGAAAGAAAUCCCACAUGCCCAAGGCCACGGAGAAGCUGCUCGGCAAAUGCAUCGUCAUGUGAGCCUUGGGCCUUAGGAGCAGAAGUCGCCUACCCUACAGUGCGCAGAAAACCUGAGCUGAUACGUGUCACCUGUGUGUGUGUGUGUGCGUGCGCGCGCUUGGUCACGUAGCGUCCAGCAGUUUAAACAGUAAUAGCUGGGUGUCAAUAAAUGUACCUUGUGAGUUAAUAACAUUUUUCUCAGGCGAGAGAACUCAAAUGGUUAAAACACGUGGCAUUUGAGGAGAAUGAAAAAGUAGCAUGAAGAAUUUUAAAUAACAUCUUUAAUAAUAAAUUUAAGAAAAUGUUCUGAAUAGAAUAAAACACCAAAAUGAAUUCAAAGAUGCCACCAUCCUUUUGCUAACCCUAUUAUUGUGUAUUAUUUUUAGACAUUUCAAUUCCUGUGUUUAAUCAUAUCUUUUCAUUGUGUAUUUAAUUUAAAAAUGUGUUUUCACAACAAACACUUCACCAAAUUGCUGUGGGCAGAUAAACAAAAGAUUCUUCUAUAGCUGACCAUGGAGGUGGGGCAGAAGCCCAGAGAAAAGUGUGAUGGUAGAACUCUCUCACCAAAGACAUGUUGUUUCCUGUGUCAUUUAAAAACGUUCCAGUGUUCCACACAGCAGUGUUUAAAAGUGUUCCUAUUUCUUUGACUCAAUAAAGCUUUUUU